AUGGCAUCAUUUUUAAGAGUAUUUGCAAGUGGAUCGAAUGGUAUAAAGUCACAUGCCAUCAAACAAGCAUCAGUGUGUUUUAACGCACAAAAUAUCAAGCCAAUGAGCCAAUUCAUGCGUGCAUACUCGACCAACUCGAUUAGCAAUCUUCGUAACAUUGGUAUCUCUGCACACAUUGACUCGGGCAAGACAACAUUGACCGAACGUAUUCUCUUUUACACUGGUCGUAUCAAGGAGAUUCACGAUGUCAAGGGCAAGGAUGGUGUCGGUGCCAAGAUGGAUUCUAUGGAUUUGGAACGUGAAAAGGGUAUCACUAUUCAAUCAGCUGCCACCUAUUGCAAGUGGAAGGAGAACCAUGUCAACAUUAUCGAUACACCAGGUCACGUUGAUUUCACAAUCGAAGUAGAACGUGCUCUUCGUGUGCUCGAUGGUGCUGUUUUGGUCAUGUGUGGUGUCUCUGGUGUACAAAGUCAAACCAUUACAGUCGACAGACAAAUGCGUCGUUACAACGUACCACGUCUCACAUUCAUCAACAAGUUGGAUCGUGUUGGAGCUAACCCAUGGAACGUUAUCGACCAACUACGUCGUAAACUUCAACUCAACGCUGCCGCCGUUCAAAUCCCCAUCGGUCUCGAAGUCAAUCUCGAGGGUGUAGUGGAUCUCAUCAAAGGAAAGGGUUUCCUCUUUGGAGAGAAGGGUAGUCAGAUUCAAGAGGUUGAUAUCCCCGAUUCGUUAAUCCCACAAUUCAACGAGAAGCGUAUCGAACUCAUUGAAACCGUUGCCAACGUCGACGACAAGCUUGGUGAGUGGAUCAUUGAGAACGACUUCCCCAACAACAUGCCAGACGAAAAGACUCUAGGUGACGCCAUCCGUCGUUGUACCGUCGCCCGAAAGUUUGUACCAGUCUUUAUGGGAUCGGCAUUCAAGAACAUUGGUGUCCAGCUCUUGCUUGACGGUGUCAACUCGUACCUCCCCAACCCAUCGGAAAAGGCCAAUAUCGCACUCGACACUGCCAACAAUGAGGCUGAAGUCGAGAUGAUCCCCGACCCCAAGAAGCCAUUUGUCGGCUUGGCAUUCAAGCUCGAAGAAGGCCGUUUCGGUCAACUUACAUAUAUGAGAGUCUACCAAGGCACCCUCAAGCGUGGCGACGUCAUCAAAAACGUCAACCUCAACAAGGUGCUCAAGGUUCCCAGACUCGUCAGAAUGCACGCUGCCGAUAUGGAAGAAGUCUCUGAAGUCGGUCCAGGUGAAAUCUGUGCCAUGUUUGGUGUUGAUUGUUAUUCUGGUAAUACUUUUACUCAUCAAAAUUUAAGUUAUACAAUGACAUCUAUGCAUGUACCAAAUCCAGUAAUGUCACUUUCAAUUCAACCAAAGGGUAAAGAUGGACAAAAUAACUUUUCAAAGGCUUUGAGUAAAUUCCAAAAGGAAGAUCCAACUUUCAGAGUACAAUCGGACCCAGACAGUGGAGAAAUGAUUAUUUCAGGUAUGGGUGAAUUACAUCUUGAUAUUUAUGUCGAGCGUAUGAAGCGUGAGUAUGGAGUAGAGUGUAUUGUUGGUAAGCCAUUGGUCGCCUACAAGGAGACUAUCCAACAACGUGGAGAGUACCAAUACACACACAAGAAGCAGUCUGGAGGUCAAGGUCAAUACGCCAAGAUGUUGGGUUACAUCGAACCAAUGGGUGCCGAUGAAACCGGUAAUGAAUUUGUCAACGAUAUCAUUGGUAACGCUAUUACACCAAACUUUAUCGAAGCCUGUAAGAAGGGUUUCAACGACGCUGUCAUCAACGGUCCAUUGAUCGGUCAUCCAAUCACUGGUGUUCGUUUCGUCGUCAAUGACGGUGCCACUCAUCCAGUCGAUUCCUCUGAAUUGGCUUUUAGAAUUUGUGCCGUCAACUCUUUCAAGGAAGGUUUCAAGGUUGCCGAUCCAAUGAUUCUCGAACCAAUCAUGAAGGUCGAAGUCCUCAUCCCAUCCGAAUUCCAAGGCUCCGUAAUCGGUGGUAUCAAUCGUCGUAAGGGUGCCAUUUUCAACACCAACGCUCAAGGUGAAAACCUCAUCAUCGAGUGCGAAGUCCCACUCAACAAUAUGUUUGGUUACUCUACUGAACUCCGUUCUGCCACCCAAGGAAAGGGUGAAUUCACCAUGGAAUACAGCAAGCAUGCUUCAGUCUCUAAAGAACUCUACAAUUCUUUAAUUGAAGAUUAUCAAAAGAAAAGAAAGGAAGAAAAUAAGUAA